AUGUGCAUACCUUCUUCCGCAUAUCCCAGAAUAUUAAAGCAAUGCCACCCUUUCGAUGCAUCGCCCGUCCAUGGAGGCUUUUACAACGUCAACCCUGGCCACCGUCAACCAUUGCCGCACCCCGGCUUGAGCUUUCUCAGCCUAUCGAGGAGGAGACAUCACUAUACUACCACCCAGAUCGCUUUUAUCCAGUUCGCCUUGGAGACGUUCUCAACCGGAGACAUAAAAGCCGACAAUGUCAUGAUUCGGUUUGAAGACCCGACACUUGCACACCGAUCCGCUCUGCAGGAACGUCUAUAUCCACUUCCUCAAAAGCAUUAUGAGGAUCGUGUUAUAUAUCGCACUAAAAAUAAUUUGGACAACUUAACGGGACUGCUGGAUAUGUCCAACUCUCAGAUUUUGACUGUGCUGUUCGAGGAGAUGUCGAAAACAACGGCCCAAUUCAGGCUGACAUUUAUCGUGCCCCUGAGUGUUGACAUCUGGAGUCUGGGUGUGAUGUUGUAUGGUUUACUUGAAGGAAAACCGCUCUUUGCCGCCGUGGACACGUGUUCUGGCAAUGAAUACGACGGGAUAAACCAUCUUGCUCUCAUGACGGCUCUGCUUGGACCGCCACCGGAAGGCCUUUUACGUCGAGGGCAGAGAACAGGCAAGUUAUACGAUGAUUUAAAAGAGCCCCACGUUAAGCCAGCGCCGGAUGAGUUUAGUUUUGAAAAGCUCGUCACCCGCGUCUCCGGCGAGGAGAAGGAGAUGUUUAUAAAUUUUAUCAAGAGGAUGCUUACGUGGGACCCGAAAAAACGAAGUACGGCCAAGGAGCUGUUGGCCGAUCCUUGGCUACCUUUUGGCCCGUGA